AUGGUUCGUGUCACGGAGGAGCUGGCUCUACCUGCCGAGCUCCUCACCCUUUACCACGCCACCGACCCCCUCCUUGGACACCUGCCGAUCCUCCUCUUCCAUGGACCCUCCACAACCGCAAACUACACCCUCAACAGCUCCCGCGUCCAGAUCCACAUCUACAGCCCCGCCGGCUUCCAGUGCUUCCCGCGUCUUACCAUACAACCCAACUCUCCCUUCUAUUCUGUCGUCAACCAUCUGCCGCGCGAAUGGCAGGGCGACGAGGUAUACCGCGGUCUCGCUUUCGGCCUCUACAAGUACUUCCAGGAGCUGCCCGAAGUCGUCAAGAACCACCUGAAGAACACAUACCCGACCACCAGAGGGCGUCGCCCGGGUAGCGGUCCGGCUUUGUUCAGCGAGCAACAUGCGGCCGACCUCGCCAAGGAUAUGGUCAAGAGCGAGAACGCCGCCGAGGUUCUCGAGACACUACGGACCGCCCUCCAGACCCAGCACCUGAGCAACGUUGACAUCGACUUUGUCCUGCCGCCCGGUUCCAUCGUACCGCUGCAAACCGAGGACCUGGAGGAGGUGCCUGACGAUGAGGACGAUUUUCUUGAUCCGACGCUGCGCCAGUACGGGGGAUACAUGCCGCUGGUGAAGGCGCUGGGAGAGCCCGUAUUCUUGCCGACAUCGAAGUUACGGAGGGCGCCCUCGAAGCCGACAUCGCUGAACCGUAGCAAGUCCUUCUCCAAGGACCAAAAGGUGGAUCUGAGGAUGAAGCUUGGAGAGCUGGUCGAUACCGAAGAGAGAUAUGUGUUAAAGCUGAAUGAGCUGGUGAAGCACAUCGCCGACGACUUUAGACAAUCUGCCAAGCAACGCGACCCGAGCAGUCUGAGCCCUUCCGAGGAGGAGCUCGAGAAGCUGUUUCCUAGGUCCGCGGAUAAAAUACUGCAGGUCAACUCUGCUUUCGUGCAGGAGCUCCGUCAGAUCAUGGACGAGACCGAGGAGGAAGCUGUCAAGGACAUGCAAGUGACGACGAUUGCGCUUACAGGAUCGAGAAUGGGGUCGCCGUCCAAGUCCAAGGACCCCAGCGGCUCAUUGGCAAUCGCGAGGGUCUUUCUCGAGUGGUUCCCUAAGUUCACGGACUGCUACCAGGACUACAUCCGCGCGAGCCAGCACUUCCCCACGCUUCUCAACUCGUGUCUGGGUCAGCAGUCGAGCUUCCGCCAACGGGUCCUCCAGACCGGCGAGCAGACUGUUCGCUCUAUCCUCAUCGAGCCUGUCCAACGCCUUCCUCGUUACAGUCUGCUUAUCGACCAAAUCGUCAGCUGUCUCCCCAUGACACACCCGGCGCUGCAGCCCAUGCUCAAAGCGCGCGACAUCAUUACCAAUAUCUGCUCAAUGGACGAGCCCAUCCCCGAUAAGCCACAAGUGACGAGUCGCUUGCGAAACAUGGUCGAAAGUUGGCCUCUCGACCUCGAGCCCCAAGGGCGGCUCAUCCACGCGGUCGACUUCGUCGAGCUUCCUGCGCCCUACCGCCUACUCGACCCACCGGAGAUGGCGGAGCGUGCAGGAAUCUUCCUUCUGUUCUCCGACUGUGUUGUCGUUGUGAAGAAGCUGGGCCCCAAGCCAAUGAGCGGUAAGGAUCUUCUGCGCGAAAUCGACAAGCCCUCGGCAGCUGGGCUUCUUCUCUCAAUGACAAACGCUGCUGGUGGACAUCCUUCUUACGAGCUCGCAUUUACCGGCUGGCAUGGCCUUGCCGAUGUACGUUUCACCGAGUCAGCGGACGGCAAGCUCAUCUGGAUGACUUCGACACAAGAGAUGAAGGGAGCCCAUGCUGGAGAGUGGGUCACAGGCACCGCCGUUACGUCGCGGUGUUUCCUGCUCGACGAGACUUUCACGCGGACAUCGAAGUGGUCGGAAGACAUCGCCAAGGCCCGCGUUGAGGGUCGUUUUCCCGAAAAGGAGCGGGAGGACCCUUCUUGGACCCUGCGUUCCAUUCGGAUGCCGGACAGCAACCUCGGUAUAUUUGCCGCCGUCUUUCAAGAGGGCGUUGACCAGCUGAUUGAUGGCCGAAAGGAGCCCGCGCCGAUUCGCAUUGUCAUCGAUCAUGACAAGGGCACCAAGGGGGCACCGAUAGGCCAUUACGGAGUGGAAAUUACUGUCAACGUCAAGUGUGGCGACCUCAAAAAGAUCAGCAUGGUGACUGCCGGCUUGAACGGGAAACAAUUCUCGGACGAUGUGGCGUUGGAUGACUUUUUGCCCACGCUCACUCGAAGAAUCAUCCAGCUACUUGGCAUUCAAUUCAGCGUGUCCAACAUGCGACUGGCGCCCGCGCUGGUUUCUUACUACACAAAGGUCCUUAAGGGUCUCCCUCUCAUGACCAGGGCAGAAAAGACGAGAUCCUUCCUUGCUUCGUCGCCGGUCAAAGGGCUCUUCUCCAGCAUCUGGGGCGGCUCCACCCACACGGAAGGACAAAACUCGCCCAAGUAUAGCCGGGUGCCAGUAACCAACGUCUUCCCGCCACCGGUGUCACGAGCAAAUAGCGAGGCGGGCUCUCUUUACGGUUCUGCCAAAGGCAGAGACGCUAUCAAGAUGGGCGGCGACGACCGUCCCGAGAACCCGCUUGUGCGGUUAGAGCAGACCUUUACCGGAUACGUCGCCAGCCUGCAGGCUCGGAAGGGGAGUAUCGUUGGGAGGAUGCUGCUAAAUAGGUCCGCGGCCGAUGAGCUUCUGGUCAAUGAUCUCUACAACCGGUUGAUCGAGAGUCCCUUUGACCUCGACGCUUCCUCCGAGCUGGGCGCUGAUGUGAUUUUUGUCGCGUUCGAGAAGUUCAUCCGCAUCGCCUGGGGUGAGCAGAUGGGCCCGAUCAUGACGAAGCAGACGUUGGAUACGUUGCUCGAGCGGAUGAACCGACAAGUCCCUGGCAACUUUGCCGAUUUCGUCAAUUUCAUCUUCAAAGAAAUGGCGCCGCAGAACCAGAGGGCAUUUACGGCUUUGAUCAAGCUGCUCGCCGAUCUGCUCGACGGCUGCGGCAACGACGGUGAUAGAGGUAUCCUGACUGUGUCGUUCGCGGAACUCCUGGUCUCGGACGGCACGGCGCAGAAUUACAUCAACCUCCUGGACCGCCUAGUGGAUGACUGCGACAGGAUCUUCGACGAUGCCGGGUUUGGUGUCAAUCUCACCGUUCAACAAGCGUUCGAGUCCAUGAAUUCUCGCAGUGGAAAGUCGCACUCAGGCUCGCUGACAUCAAAUACGUCUUCCAUUCGGCGCAAAUUUGGCUUCGAUUCUCUGCUACGACAGAACAGCAAGAACGACCCGGAGCGUUCCUCUGUCUGGCGCACGCUGAGCAAGCACGGUCGCCACCCCGCCUCUGCAGAUGCCGCCUCGAGCUCUAGUUUGUCCAAGAUGACAUCAUCACGGGCAAAGUCCAUUGACUCUGGAACUCAGUCCGGACCGAACAAGCUGAGGAGGCCUGGUUCUCGAGAUAGGCCGCCCAUCGCAGGCGCAUUCGACGAGGAUCCAAGACCGACCAGCUCCCACCGACUCGACAUGCGCCUUGAGACCAUCGGCGAGCCUGACGUCGAGGCCACGCCGGCCAAGUCUUCCAAGAAGAAGCGGCGAAGCUCGCUCUCUGAUCUGAGAAGCCUUAUGGAGGCAGCUACUAUCAUCGACCCUCGGGAUAAGAUCGAAGAAGCGUUGAUGCCCUUACGGAUCAACAAGCAGACGUCAGAGAAGUUCAACUCGACGCCGCGGGUCGUGUCACCAUCUAGGAUACCGAUAAGUCCGACAUCCCACAGCCUGCGGUCUCCUCGUAUGGUGUCCCCUCGCCACAAGGAGAAGACGAGUCUGCCAGAAAUGUUUUCACCGCCCACGCCCUCUGACCGCGAGAACGUGCCGAGUCGCACGCCCAAGGGACAUGCUAGAGGCUUGUCGACCUCCAACAUUCCGACUCUGAGACCCGCUCGCCCGGUGGGCACUCAAUCGUCCGACGCUAUUCCACGGCCAUCUACGAGCCCCGGCAAACCCCCAGGUAGCGGAAAGCUCCGGCUCCAGUCGCCACAGAAGCUACGGGAACGGCUACAGACGGAGAAGAAGGCGGUUGAGGACGUCGACGCAUCACUGCAAUCGGAGCUCUCCAAGAUUGCCGAGGAAAUGUCGAGAGUCAACUCGGGUCUGGGCACACAUACGAACACGGUGGAUCUACGCAAGCUCACGGCGUCGGUCAAGUCGCUCGAGGAGCGGAUCCCGAGCAUGAUGGCGGAGCUGACGGAUCGUCAGUCCAUGAUCCAGCGCGACAUGGAAAGCACGCUCAAGGCGUCGGAAACCAAGGUCAAGAGCAUCGACCAGCUGUACAGGGAGUCGACGGCGGAGAACGAGCUCAUGUACGAGAAGUUCAACAGCGAGCUCGGCAAGAUCGUCAAGGCGCUAAAGGGCAAGGGCAGAGAGGACAAGGAGGAGCUCAUCCGAAGCCUGCGCGAACACAGCGAGGAGACAGCGCGGGUCAAGAAGGAGAAUGCGCGGUUGAAGAGAGAGAUCGUCAGUCUGCGGACGAUGAUGAAGGGUGGUGCCGACGCAUAA